GUUUCUGUGUUCCAGAUGUUCCAGAUGUUUCUCUGUUCCAGAUGUUCCAGGUGUUUUUCCUCCGCGGCUCCUGGGCCGCCAGGGGGCGCCAGGUGUGUGUGUGUGGUGUCGCAGUGCGCAUGCGCGGGGCGGGCGGAAGUGCGGCGGAGGGCGCGGGGCGCCCGUGAGGCUCCUUAAAGGCGCCGCCGCCGCCGCCGCCGCCGCCGCCGAGCCGCCUCCCGGUCCCGCGGGGACGCGCCAAGCCUGGCUGGAAUGAGCAGGGGGAAGGUGCCAUGGCUGAGAAGGUGUCACCGAGCCCCGGCGGGGGCAUCACGCCGCUGCAGCAGAUGCUGGCCUCAGGGACAGGUGCCAUCCUCACCUCCCUCUUCGUGACACCGCUGGACGUGGUGAAGAUCCGGCUGCAGGCCCAGAGGACCCCCUUCUCCAAAGCCUUGGCAGCGCAGUCAGUGCCCUGGGGCGCUCAGCCGGCCACAUGGAAGUGUUUCCUCUACUGCAACGGCCUCAUGGACCACCUGUACGUGUGCCAGAACGGCAACGGCUGCACCGCCUGGUACAAGGCCCCCGGCCACUUCACCGGCACGCUGGAUGCCUUUGUGAAGAUCACACGCUAUGAGGGCAUCAGAUCUCUGUGGAGUGGCUUGCCCCCCACCCUGGUCAUGGCUGUGCCAGCCACCGUCAUUUACUUCACCACCUAUGACCAGCUCCGGGACUACCUGCACACCCGCGUGGGGAGCUGGGGCCACUACAUCCCCUUGCUGGCUGGGGCCCUCGCCAGGCUGGGUGCUGUGACAGUCAUCAGCCCCCUGGAGCUGAUCCGCACCAAGAUGCAGUCCCAGCAGCUCAGCUACCGCGAGCUGCGCGUCUGCAUCCAGUCUGCAGUGGCCCAGGACGGCUGGCUGUCCCUCUGGAGGGGCUGGGGACCCACCGUGCUGCGGGACGUCCCCUUCUCGGCUCUCUACUGGUUUAACUACGAGCUGGUGAGGACGUGGCUCUGCAGGCAGCCCUGGCUGGACGGGGCCACGUUCAUGGUCAGCUUCGCAUCCGGGGCCAUCUCUGGCACGGUGGCUGCGGUGCUGACACUGCCCUUCGACGUGGUCAAAACCCAGCGGCAGAUCGAGCUGGGAGACAGUGAGGUGCACCCAGUCACAGCCUCCAAGCCUUCCUCCACCUGGCUGCUCAUGCAGCGGAUCCGCGCUGAGUCUGGCACCCGGGGGCUGUUUGCAGGGUUCCUGCCCCGCGUCAUCAAGGUGGCACCUGCCUGCGCCAUCAUGAUCAGCACCUAUGAAUUUGGCAAGAGCUUCUUCCAGAAGCUGAACCAGGAGCAGCAGCUGCGGGGAUUGUGAGCGGGCCUGGGGCAGGGCUGGAUGUGGCUGUGCCCAGGGGACGGUGCCAUCCCAGCUGGGGAUCCCUCCCUGCUCCAGCCAGGUGUCCCAGGAGCGGCGAUCCACGCUCGGCUGUGCAGAGCCCAAGUGCCUUCGUUCCUGCUCUGCCUCCCGCUGCCCGCACACGGAGCCAGGGCCAGCCUGGCCACCCCCAUCCCAGCCACUCUGGGAGACAUCUGUGCCUGCUGCUGUGACACUGGGGGGGAUAUGGAGCCCCCCACACUCAUCCCUUGGCACUGGACAGAUGCUGCUGCUGGAUUCAUGGACGCUCUGGCACGGAUGGGGUGUCCCAGGACACUUGGCCAGGCAGGAGACGGAGCUGGGGCUCUGGCAAGGACCAAACCCCAGCCCUCGGGGACUCCUCUGCCUGCCCAGGCCCCCCCAGCCCUGCUCUGCCUGAGGGUCUGCCCCUCCUGACCAACACUCACAGCCUCACCUUGCUGGCUCUGCAUGGCAUGGGGACACAUCAGGACCCUCUCCCUGCCUCUGGACCUCUCCUCGCACUCGGGAUGUCCCCAUCUCCUGUCAGACCCUGCGUUGGACAGACCCUGUGUGGGGACAGACCUCACUGCUGCUCUGGGGGGCCGUUGUGGCACCCCUGCCCCAUCCUUUCACUGCAAGGACCUGCCCCAGCUCUGCGGGCACUGCCCCCCUACCCCAGGACUCGUGGAGGGAAUUUCUCCUAAUUUCUUAAAUAAAAUAAUUGUCUCUUAA